AUGGAAUCGGAGAUAGAACAUGCCCCUGUGGCGGAUGACCCACCAUCGACAGGAGCUCGAGACGACAAUUUCCAUUCCCAGCUGGAGGCCAAGGAGAAUGCUGAUAUCGCCGAAAAAGUCGGUCAAGGAAAAACGCGACCUGAUGGUGAGGUGGAUGAUUCGGGUGAUGAUGGCGCAGAGAGUGAUGACCUUUUCCAAGGGGCCAUAGAGCGCGAUCAUCGUUCUGAAAGUAUUGCUAACCGUCGAAAGAAGCGCGACAUAAGGAGGAGGCAGCACAGCAGGUACAUGCUCCUUCUUGAUGAUCGUCUGGAAUUUCUUGAAGAAGAAGUCAGAAAAUUGAAGAAGGAAGGGAUCAAAGAGGACGAAACAAUCGAGCCCAAGCCUGCAAUUCCAGACCUUCAUCCUAUGAGCUGGACAGAUUACCUAAUCGAUAAGGGAGACGAGAUCCCUCCAGUUCACCACGUAAUCGAUCUUCUCAUGGACGAGCCGGUCAUCUUCCAACGGUCUUCGCUCUGGGUAACCGAGGGAAAGGCAAAGAAAGGCGGUGUUGGCGGUGCUGGCUUUGACAAACUCCACUCGGGGACCAUCGGCCCACAACUCACCACUCUUCCCGAGAGGAUUCGAAUUAAUUGCCAACAGCUUUCUGAGGUGCUUGCAACUUCCAUUACCGAUGAUGUCUUGUCACACACAGCAAACAAGCCGAUGGUCUUGAGACGGCCUUUCAAAGUCCUCACUUAUCACGAGAAAACAAUCCAGAUGUUCAUGGCAAGGAAAGAGGAAGCUCUUUCAAAGGCCGAGAAGAAUCACGGGGACGGGAAGAUGGCCGUGGCAGAAGGAAGCAGUGAUGGCAAAGGGCCUGACGUCGCUGUUGAUGGCGAUGCGGUAUCCGAAAAGGUCCAGCCUGAUGAUCAGCCGGAGGCGGAAUCACCCGAGAAGCGGUUGGUGAAACAUCUUCAUCUCCUCUUACGGUUCGUUGCGGACUACAUCAAGCCAGCCCGAGAGAGGGUUGCCACGCAGCAACGCAUCGCCUUCCAGGACGUUUACCUGCUUUUUGAACCAGGGCAGCUUGUAUACGUGAGGCACCCCGAGCAUCCACAGAGCGUCUGGCGGUUGCUCCAAGUCACCGGCGGCAACCGUUUUCUCCGGCCGUACGACACAUACUUGGAGAACGAGGAUACCGACUUCAAGAAAAUGAAGCGGGAUGCUUUCAGCCAGCUGACGCUUGACUGUUACUUUCUUGUCUUCGACGGCUCCAAAUUUCAGCGAGUCUACAACCGCUUUUCCAUCCGUUACUUUUCCGAUGACCAGCAGAUGAAAAAUCUGUGGAUCCUCCCAUACGACACGGCGAAGCACUUGGGCCUCGUGGACGAGCCCACCCUCCUGAGCAACGGAAAGCAGUACAAAGACUGUACCGACCGAGCCAAAGUCUGUCAUCGCUAUUACCGUGGAAAGACGGUCGAUCGUGAUCCACAAGGUCGCCGCCUCAAGAUUUCCACGGAUUCCGAAAUGGAAAGGAUGAUCUUCACAGAAACAAUAGAAGGCACCGUAAUCGUAGAUUUUGAAAAGGUUUACCGCUACAACCCUGCAUGGAUGCCGCGGUUCAACGAGAUCGAAGAGCACAAGCAUCACGCCCGAGAAUUCGAGAUGGCCGACGAUCCCAACUACGAAAAUGUGCAAGACGACUUCAUUUGGGAUCAGCGCCGAAGGGAAGAGUAUCUCGAAGAGGAGGAGACCGGUCUGAAAGCUCGGAUGUGGGAGCGUGGAGAGGUCCAAGACGAAGACAUCCUGUUACUGCCUGACAGAGUGCCUGCAUUUGUACUUCGGUCGAGAAAAUGGGUCUACCUCCAGUUGGGUUACGAGGUAAAAGAGGAAGACAGAAAGCCCCGGCUGACUGAGGUCCUACCCAAUGACGAAGCAUGGAACGAGCUACAACUCCCUGGUGGGGAUGCUGAACAAGGACACAAGGGUAUCAUCCAGAGUCUCGUCGGAAAACACCUCACAAGGGGCUUGGAGUUUGAUCUGGUCAGAGACAAAGGCCGAGGGCUCAUCGUCCUGCUUCACGGAGCACCUGAUGUUGGGAAAACAUCGACCGCCGAGUGUGUUUCAGGGGCAAGAGGACAGCCUUUGCUCCCCAUCACUUGUGGUGAUCUGGGAUUGCAACCGGAGCUUGUCGAGACCAAUCUCAGCAGACACUUUGAACUGGCCCAAAGCUGGGACUGCAUCCUUCUUCUCGACGAAGCGGAUGUCUUCCUGGCCGAGCGCAGCCUGAAGGAUCUGCAAAGGAAUGCUCUGGUCUCAGUCUUCCUCCGUAUCCUGGAGUACUACGAGGGAAUCCUGUUCCUCACCACGAACAAAGUUGGCCUGAUCGAUGAGGCCUUCAAGUCAAGAAUUCACAUGUCACUCCAUUAUCCGUGGCUGACGGAAGACCAAACCCAGCAGAUAUGGAGAAACCUGAUACGCAAGGCGAAGACGACACAGAAGAACUUGGAGGUUAACGAGGCUGAUAUCUUGCUGUUCGCAAUGAAGCACAUGCGAGAUCAAAAGGACUCCCCUUACGGCAAAGGACCAGACGGGGAUGCACCCGGGUGGAAUGGCCGGCAGAUCAGAAACGCCUUCAUGAGCGCCAUCGCGUUGGCCGACUACGAAGCGAGAAAAGCCUCGAAGGACCAGGUCGUGCUCACUAAGGAACAUUUCAAGAUCGUGGCGAAGGCUUCGAACGACUUUGACAACUACCUGUGGAGGGUUCACGCCUUCCAAUCCGAUUCGAAACGCGCCGAGAAGAACCUGCAACGCUACGACUCCUACCAGCAGAGCCCGAGCACUCUGGACGGGAGAACGGCGGUGCAACGGCCGAGCUUCUACGACCAAGCAGCGAGGCCUGUCACUCCUGGCCGCCAGUUGAACCUUCCAUCGGCGCGUUAUCCGUAUCAGGCACCAAGUCAACCCAUCCAUUACGGACAAUCCGGCCUGCACGCGCCGCCGCCGCCGCAAGCAUACAACGUACCUCAGGGACAGCAGCCCUACUAUCCUCCCGCACCACAGCCGCCACAGCAGCAUCACCAAACGGCAUUUCCCAAUCCCGCGCCGCAGUACAACCCUGGGAUGCCACCGCCACAAGAUUCUCCCCACCAUUUCCCCUCGCAAUACCAGGCACACGAAGCGGGAAGUGGACAAGCACCGCCGGUCCAGCCGGUCCAACCGGUCCAGUCGGUCCAUCAGGGGCAGGUAAUGCCGCCUCAAGCUCCAUCUUCGGAGCUGGGGCAACAGUGGACAGGUUAUCACAGUCAAGCAUGA